CUAAUGUCAUUUUUCAUUAUCAUGGCGGAGGACGAGGAUGGUGUUUCGAAUAAGAAGUCGCCUCAAAAUACGAAUAACGGAGAAUCCUCGCAGGACAAUGAACAGAACGCGGCUAAACCUGAUUUAGGCAUCGAAGAAGCAAAGUACAAUAGCAAUGAAAAUGGUGACACAUCGCCCGCAGAGGCGAAAAGUUCUUCUUCCAAAUCUACGGGGGCGACGCGGAAAGAUGAGAACCCGUUUUCGUUCCGGCAUUUCCUGAAACGAGAUCUCUCGUUGCCUGGAAACUCAACGUACGAAAACACUGGCGCCCGUCCGAAGGUGUAUGCGAACACCGUGCAGCAUUCGCCAACCAAAAUAGAUGUUCACGCUGACUCGCGGCGGGAGAAAGCCCGCUCGAGUGAGUCCCAAGCCAAAGAGAAGACUAGCGAGGGCAGCAGCCAUCGUAUAAGUGACAACACAUCCUCAAGUAGUUCUGUAGAAAUACCUUUUAGUGUAGUGGACAACUCUGAUUCUAAGCAUAACUUUUACACAGACAAUAAUGACGUGCCGUUUUACCACAGGCCAAAUCUGGCAUCGGAACCUUUAGGGAUGCCUUCACUACCAGAUUUUGUGCAAGACCACAUUCUGGUUGAACAGGCAUAUUUGAACUUUAACGGCCCAAUAUCAGUUGAUUUGGAUAACUUACCAGACUUUACGUUUAAUACUAGUUUCAAUGCGGGGUCAUCUUCCUCACUGGGGAGGAGAAAUAAUAGUAAUUAUGGUGGUAGGAGUUAUGACUAUGAAGCUUAUAUGGGGGCGGCAUCUACGUCUAGUGAGGCAGGCCAGGCCGGGAGCGGUAUUCCACUGGACCUGCCAGCGGGGGCCGAGGCUGCAGGGCCUAUGCCUCUGGAUCUGCCGCCUCAUCUGAACUUGGAUCUGACAGAGUCUGUGAACCCAGCAGACAGGAGGAAUGUAUCUCCAAGAAGCACAUUUCCUUUGGACCUACCGCCUAAUGCUGGCGCGGAGUCGAUGUGCAUGCCGGACUUCCUGCCGGUGCACCCCGGGCGGACGUCGCCGGAGCCCGAGCACCAGGACGAGCAGAUGCAGCAGAUCAUAGCCGAGCUGGAGCGGACCAGAUCUGAGUUGUUCACGGAACGUUCCCGUCGCUCUCGCGUGGAGGAGGAGUUGUCUGUGGCGCGGGAGGCGCACACGCAGCUGCGCGCUGAACUGGCGCGGGUCCGACGCGCGACUCGCGAAGACUCGCACGCCUCAGACGCCGCCACGCCGCGAUCAUCAGAUAGUGAAGCAACGAUAGCUAAAUUGAAGAAUCAAAUUAAAAAAUUAAAGAGAACUCCUGGCUGGCUUGGAACAGCUGAAAACAUUGAGCACCUCAUUAGACGGGACAUGAUGCUGAGCCCCCCCCCCCCCCCCCCCGCGACUCAUGCAGGACCCCGCAUAUGCGAUGCGCGCCUCAUGCCACGCUCUACAUAUGCCUGCGUUGUUUGUCUCCUAAUAUGCGGACUAGUACACAAGUUCGAUUUUAGUUAAUAUUCUGACUGUACGAUAAAAAACAUAUACUGCAACCGUUUCAAAUAAGAAACAGAUUAAAAAAUGUAUAUACUUAUUAUGUCGUGUACGAUUCCUAGUAUAAUUUUCGUUGGCCAAUCACAGCCAAGUGCGCGCGCAUCGUAUGCGGGUUUCGGUAGUUGGAAGCUACUAGCGUUCUCUCCCCACAUUUGUUUAUACCUUGCGUAUGACUUAAUAUAUUCCGAUUGGACUAAUCCGAAAAUAUAUAUAAAAAGUGAACAGCCGUCAUAGGUUUUCACAAUCAAAGCGAAAAUAGAGAUAUCGACCUAGGUAAUCUUUCAUAAAUCUAUUCAAUCCGUCAGUUAAAUAGUAAUAUAUUAAAUACGUUUUUUUAAUUAUUUUAUCUGUCAUUAAACUACUAAGAUAUCGCCAAUUAAGGUUAUGGAGUUGUUGCGUCACUGCUCUAAAUUUUGUCGUGAAUUGUUACGUCAUAGAAUAUUUUAAUAUAAUGUAUCGCGGUAAAUUUUUAAUUAUCUUGGAGAUAAAAUAAAUGUAAUGUAAAUAACAGAAGUUAAAUAUGCUUUAUGUAAAGUAAUUUCUCUCUCUAAUUCCAAUCGGAAUAUAUCAUGAUUAAAAAACAAAUAUUAAUUUAAAUACAACGAUCAUCGAAACUUAAAUUAUGUAUAGUAUUAAAACUCUUCCAUUUUCUAUAAGUUGUUUUAAAUUUAGCCAAUUGGUUGUCAUUUUUUUAUAAAGCGUUGACUGAGAGUUGAAUCUUGGAAUAUUCGAACACUUGCCUAGUUUUCUUUUGUCAACAACAAAUAUUGAGUUGGUUUUCAACGUCUUACGAAAAUCAAACUUAAUGCUUUGAUAUAAAGACGCUUUUUGUGUGAUAAGGGUAUGUACAUACAAACCAGAUAUCAAUUUAUAAUAUCCUUAGUUAUUAUAAACCCAAAAAAACAUUUUUCUUCCCACUACUGACUGGUUCAAUAAAAGCUUUUAUUGAUAAGCGAUUAAGGUUGAUUUUCGUAAUUUGUCUGGGGUAUGGUGCAGACAAUCAUAUAAUGAUUCUUAUUGUUGAUGGUGAUCUGGGAAUGAAUGUUUUGUUGCCUUCUACACCCCUGAUAAUUGUAAUACGCUGGAAAGAAUAAUUCUUUAACUACAAACUGUGUUUGGCACAUGGACUGUGAAAAUGCUGGGGGAUUGUGUAGAAUUAUAGAGAAUAAAGUGGAGAUAUUUGUUAUUUAAUGAAAUUGAGAAGAGUUUCCUUUUGCGUGACUGAUUUUAAUUGGAUUGGAAUUACAUUUAUAAGACACUGUCUCUCCCAUAUAUUUAUAAAUAAUUUAGAAUAGUAAUAAAUUAGAUAAUGCAAUAAUAGUUAUUUAUAAUUUUAAGCAUAAACAACAAAAACUUAGGACAUGGAGUCUAGGUCUGAAAACGACCACAUGACCCUCUACCCCUAAAACAUAUUGGCGGUCCAUGCGCCAAACCUGUAAGUCCAACGCCAUAACGGCUCAAGAUGUUCCAUAACCCCUAAUAAAACAUCAUCAGUAUGCGACAAAGUGAUAUUGGGUUCUGUAGGAGCAAUGUCGCUUCUACUACUUGCAACUGUUUGUUAGGUCGAGCAAAAAAACUGACCUUUCAUUGAACUGAAUAAAAAAUAUAAAAACCCAUGUUAUAACGUAAUCGCGCACGGACUGCGAUGUCAGCAAACAGGUUCUAUGCUAUCAUUUUGAGGUCUGAGGAACCCUAAAAAUGGUAACUGUUCUGUACAUUUAUCUUAACUCGCUCACGUUGGCGUAUAAUUCGUGUUUCAUUUCAAAGAAAUAUGUUUGUUUCAUUUCUUUAGUGCUCAUAAUAAAAGCUUUGCUUGGUUUGAGACUAGAUGGCGUUGUAUGGAAGUUAUAGAUUUUAAAAUAUGCUCACUACGACCUUUAGUACCGACUAGCCGUAACGGCGAACUACGUACCGCCUAACAGUCGAUGAUAACAAUGCAGACAAAAAUACAACUUUUGCCGCAACUUUCCCAUUAUUUUAUUCCUUGCUUGGACUUGCACUAGCAUUUCAAUGCUAAAAUAAGCCGUCGGUUUAGCAGUUCUCGAUUUUUAGCGAGACUAACGAACAGCAAUUAAUUUUUAUAUAAGUAAGGUAUAUCAAUAAAGCGAUUUUUCAAUAAGAUCAGCUACUUUCCUAAAAUCGCUAGUCCAGCGUAUUACAAAGCCCGCGUUCUAAAUGAGAUAAAGCCAACAUUCUAUUACCAGAAAUGAAAUCUCGACCUUAAGGCAAUAUGAAUAGAUAACAAUUUGUUGUAACUGUACUUUCUAAAGUUCCCUAAACAAUCUAAAAGAAAUGUAGUUGUGUUGUAUGAAAUACGUAAACUUUAAAGAAUAUUAAAACUUAGGUAAUUGAAAUAGAGUAUGUAUUUCGUUGCUUGGAAAAGUGCAUCGCAAUAUUAUGAGGUUGUAUUAAAAGUAUUUAAGAAAUUUUCAGGUACUAGGUUAUUAACUUAAUAAGGUUAUUUGUCUAAAAUAUUUAAUUAGACCGUCAGCUAGAUUUCAAAAAUAUUAGAUUUUUUUUUGGAUAAUAAAUUAAAAAAAAAUACGAGAAAUAUGGUGAAAAUUUUAGGAAUUGGGAGAAUAUCAAUUGUCGGUGAAAGUACUGAAAAGUGAGGUAACCAGAGAUUCUAUCUGAUUAAGGGCCUGUUUAAGUGAUUAAGGGACUUGAUAGAUUUUAACAAAGAAUGACAAAUUUUUCAAUUUAUCUGCCAGAUAGCGGCUAAUCAGUGAUUGUGGCACAGACGCUAAAUAGUUUUCUUUUUGGUUAAGUGUUAUCACAACAAAAUAAAAAUUACGUAUCCGAUUUUUUCUAAGUCUAACUGACAGGCAGACAGACAGUUGUAGAUAGAACGUAGUAUCCAUUAUCUAAUACUGUCCGUUUUAAACAAUCGUGUCUAGUGGCUAUGUUUUCCCGAGCUUUGCUCUCGACUACCACCCGUUAUCAGUUUAAACUUAUACUGGAUUUUUCAUGAGGCGACUGCUAAAAUGAGGUUUUAGUCUCUUCCAAAACUGCAAUAUUUCUUUUAGAUGUGGUUUUAGGCCCUAUGAGCUCCACAACCUACUUUACUGUGACACAGUUGCCCUUUAUAUGUAAUUAAGGUAAACUUCACUUAUUGUAGCUAAAAACGUGAUAUAUUAUGCAAUUGAUUUUUAGUUUAAAAGUUCUUUACAAAUUCGCUAAAUGUACAUAUUUUUAUACUGAUAUUUCAUGAGGUUUUCGUUCCCAGAUUUACCGAUUUUGAAAUCAGGAAUAGGGAUGAUGACUCGGUGUGAAAAGAAAAUGUUUUAAGUCCGCCAGAUAGGUAAUUAAAAAUAUUAGGCGUUUUGUGCCUGAAAAAUAAGCAAUUUAAGCAUGUCACGUAACAACUUCUCAAAAUUGAUACACAUAAGUGACGUCACGCAAAACUUCCAUUAAAUGUGAUUCAAUCAAUCAAUGGAAAACAUACUUACCCAUUAUUAUUAAUUAAUCUAAAUGACGGACAAUUAAAAAUGAAAUUGUCAUCAUUCCUAUUAUCGUUAACAUAGUACAGUUGUGCACAACAGUGGUAAUAGACGUCGGCAAUCUUUCCGAAGCAGUGAGUGAAUAAACAUUUGUGUGCUCGAUUGUACUAUAACAGUAUGUCAUAAUAUCAAUGAUAUAGCGAAACUAAAGUUAUCAAUGGAGUAGUCUUAAAUAUACAAAUUUGUAUUAAAUAUUGUUUUCAAAUGCAUUAUUUUGCUAUGAAGAAUAAUGUAGUCUGAAUCGAAUAUGAUUAAUGUUUAGAGAUAUGUUGGCGUUGAUUCUUUUGUUCACGAGCUUACGGGGAUUAGAGAAUUGCCUUUUUUUCUCUGUGAGUGUAUCUUCCUAUCGUAUGCCAAGAAUAGUGGAGCCGACUGAACUAAAAAAAAAUUGUCGCCUUAAAAAUCGUGUUAUUAAAUGCUCACACAUUGAAUGAUCAUUUAUGAUAUCUAUUUUUUUUGUUAUUACCUAAUUAAAAAACUACUACUUAUAUCCACCACUUUUCACUAACAAGUAAAUAUCUAUUUUAAUCUCAGAUUAUAUCGUGAACAAAAGAGUUAUCAGCAUAAAUUGAAUCUUCGCUAAAAUUGUAAAUAGGAACAAAUACAUAUAUUUUUGUGUGCCAUUGAGGCUGUAUUCAUUUAUGUAGAGGACAGACAUUGCUUUAUAUCUAACGUUUUUAUAACUGUGUACAAGCCCCUUUAGACAAGUGACAUAGAUCGCUCGAAUGUACAGAAGUGACAAAAUAUUCACAAAGAUAAAGAUCACCUUAAAGUGUCUUGCUGUCUCUGUAAUAGUCCAUUGAAAUGUUACAUUUGCGGAUCGCGUUUUCUAAGAGACGCAGUUUUAUUUUUCUUAUGUGUAGGUGAAGAGUUAAGUAAAGCUAAAACCAAGUUUGUGGUGUUGACACCUUCGCCCCACGGCCUCCACCUUGAAGUUAAUCGUAAUGGUUUUUACGAUAUAUCCCUCAAACUGUUUAUCUGAUCAAAAAAAGUUGACAUUUUUUUGAUGCUUAUUAAAUUCUCUAUAACUUGGAUUCAGUACAUUUUUGUUUUAGAACUAUAAAUAAAAAAGUUAUUAGCAAAAAUGUUAAAAAAUUCAAGAAUUUCAAUGGAUUAUAAAGGAAACUUAUUUUGAAAUACCUCUAUACGUACUGUGAUUUGUUCAUGUGCAAAUAUGUGGAUAAUAGAGAAAUUGAUAUCAACGGUGGGUGAUCGAAAUGUAUCUUGUCUACUUGGGGCUCAAUCUAAGCAUCACUUGAAAUGUUAAAUGUAAAAAAAAACUUGUUAGCAGUAAGGUAAUGUUCUUCCUGCCAUCAAAUAAUUUCAUAUCUUAUAUAGAUAUAUGUAUAACGUCUGAAGUCCGAAACUCUGAAUAAUUUAACACUAAUUUGUGCUUGUUCGACAAAUGUUAUUGUACAUUAAACUGUGAUUCAUUAUUUUA